CACAAUCUUUUCAUCUUCUUCACAUUCUUUCAUCCAGCUGAGCUGAGUUAAAAAGUGCUAGCCGCUCCUUUACUACAAGCCUUUAUUCCCUCCAACUUCAAACGAUCUUUUCGAAAUAAACAAAAUCUAACGUCCCAAACAACAACAAAAAUGUUCUUCUCCAAGACCCUCAUUCUCGCCCUCGCCACCGCUGCCGUGGCCCUCCCUACCAGCCAGCAGCUGGACAAGCGCGCUGGUAUCCUCAAGAAGGAGCCCUACUCCCAGUUCCAGGUCUCGGACGGCGUCGGUGGCGACGCCUUGGCCGAGGUGAAGAAGAAGUUCCCGAUCGACGAGGCCAAGAUCGCAAGCAUCGAUCCGGCUGACCUCCAGAUCAUCAAGGACGCCCGCACCACGGCCGAGAAGGCUGAGGUGGAGGGCUUCAACCCCGCCAUCGCCAAAGCUACCGGCGAGGAAAAGGAGGAGCUGGAGGUGGGUAAGACCAAGAACAAGGUCCUGAAGCUGCAGCUCGAGGUCGAGGAGCUCCAGGCCGAGCUGGCCCAGGUAAAGACUGAGAACGCCGAAGACAAAAAGAAGCGGGCGGCCAAGCUUGAGGAGGAGAAGAAGAAGUUGGACAGCAACAUUAACCUCGACAAGAAGAAUGCCGGCAAGAAGAGCAAGAGCGUUGCCUUCAACGGUUGAGAUGGAUACUCGGUGUUCGACAUGCGGCUGUCAACGC